AUGGCGGACGAACAUACCAUGUCCAAUGAAGAGUGGGAGGAAGUCUCUCAAGACAUCCCCUCACUCUCGGACCCCUUCCUUCAGCAAUAUCUCACAGGCCGAGCAAACCUCAUGAGUCAAGAACAAAAGUCUCGCACAGAUGCUUCAUUCAGAGCCUCUCUUUCACCUAUUGCCAAGCGUGCGAGUGACAUUGUCGACCGCAUCCGCGACCAGGAGAAUGACUCCAUCUGGACCCCUCAAGUUGAGGAAGAGCUAGCCCAAGCAGGAAACGAGUGCAUCUUUCCCGGAAUGAUGUUCAUGCUGGCAAAAGAUCGCAUGGAGAAGACCAACCUUUGGAAGAUUGUUCGACGCAUGCCAAAGGGAGCCCUGCUUCAUUCUCACAUGGAUGCCAUGGUCAACUUUGACUUUCUCUUUGACGAGCUUCUGAAAAUGCCAGGAAUGCACAUGUGUAGCGACCGACCUCUCAACACUGAAGAAUCUCGAGAGGAUGCAGUUCCUAGCUUCCGAUACAGAACCAAGGCGGACACUGAUGGAUCUAUUUGGGAAGAGAGCUACAAGCCUGAUGCUUUUGUGCCACUUCCAAAGGCGGCAGAUGAGUUCCCCCAUGGUGGACGAUCCGGCUUUCUCAAGUGGCUGAAGGGUCGAUGCACUCUUUCCGUCACAGACAGCCAUGAGCAACACCAUGGAGUCGAUGCUAUUUGGGUCAAGUUUGGGAAGUGUUUCCUCGUGUGCGCCACCAUCAUUCACUAUGAGCCCAUGUUCCGUAUCUUCCUCCGCGAACUCAUGAGGAACCUCAAAGAUGAUGGUGUCAACUGGGCUGAGCUUCGAUUCACUUGGCCACUUAACUACUGCCGUGAUAAGCAAGAGGAGCCUGAGAAAGACUACAUUCACAUGUUUGAGGUUCUGCGCGAGGAAAUCGAUAACUUCAAGAAAUCGCCGGAGGGAAAGGGUUUCUGGGGUCUCACCACUAUUUGGACCUGCCUGAGAAGCUGGCCGACCCGUCUGAUCGUAGAGAACAUGGACUGCUGCAUCGCUACCAAGAUCGCUUUCCCUGACCUCAUUGCUGGUUAUGAUUUGGUUGGACCCGAGGAUUUGGGUCGACCCCUUUCUGAUCUACUCCCCGAGCUUUUCUGGUUCCGCAAGCAGUGUGCCAUGGAAGGCGUCAACCUCCCCUUCUUCUUCCAUGCAGGGGAGACACUUGGGGAUGGCACUGAUACUGAUGCCAAUUUGUUUGAUGCGAUCUUGCUUGGCACCCGACGCAUCGGCCAUGGCUUCAGUCUCUUCAAGCACCCCCUGUUGAUCGACAUGGUCAAGGAGAAACGGAUUCUCAUCGAAUCGUGCCCCAUCUCGAACGAGGUCCUCCGCCUCUGUGGCUCCGUAACAGCCCAUCCCCUGCCCGCCCUUUUGGCCCGUGGUGUUCCUUGCAGCCUGUGUAACGAUGAUCCCGCUAUGCUCGGGCAAGACACAGCCGGCAUGUCACACGACUUUUGGCAGGCUCUCCAGGGGUGGAAGAACCUUGGUCUUGCAGGCCUUGGCAGUCUCGCGGAGAACAGCGUUAGAUGGGCCGCUUUUGAGGAUCAGAGCCAGACUGACUGGAUCAACGACAUCAAACAGGCUAGUCUUGGGACGAAUGUCAAGGCCAAGAGAAUGCAAGAGUGGCAGAUCGAGUGGGAGAAGUUUUGUCUCUGGAUUGUUGAGGAGUUUGGAGACGAAUUUGGAGAUGAAAAGGAGAAAGAAAAGGCCAGUGAUGCCUAG